AUGGCAAUCACUCUUCCCGAUUUAUGCCUUCAUAGAAUAUUCGAUUUCAUCAGCUUUGACCAAGAGACACACGUAUCUGCUCUUCACUCUUCAGUUUUAGUAAACCGUCACUGGUGUCGUUCUCUAAUCUCUCUUCUCUGGAAAGACUCGUUCGGACUCGCAAUUAAUGCCACUGCAAGAAAACAUCUCAUCAAGUCAUACAUAUCUUUUCUACCGGGCGAUGAACAACAAACCUUCUAUAACCUCAUUACAUGCAACAACCACCUACAAUCAAACAAUGCCAACGAACCCAGCUUUAAUUACUUUGCAUUCCUUCGGACAUUCUCUGUGACUGCUCUAAUGGAGGCAGUCAACCUGAUAGCCGAUGACAAUUGGACUCCCAUGAGUUAUCGAUACAUUAUGAAAACAUUGAGUCGACAAUUCAUAGCUCAAUCGCCAGUCAUUCUCAACACGGAAUUGUCGCUCGGAGGACUACAUGCUCUUGAAAAGUGGGAUGGUCAAUUAUGGAUGUUACGAGGGUUGGACAUUUUCGCACUGUCGGAAGCUGAUAAUAACUCGUUCAGAAAUCUACGGACACUCAAAUUGAACGGUAAAUUCCUUCCGAACGUAUUGGUGUCGGCUACAAAAGUUGCGAGAAAUAUCGAAGAGCUGGAUGUGGGGUUUGAUGGAUUCGACGAAGAAGAUGACAUUGAUAGAUGGUUGCAACCAUUGUCGCAGUUGAUUGGAGCUCAAAGGAAAUUGCGUUCCUUCUCACUUAAUAUUGGUCAAUGCGACAUCCGUGCUCUUGCACAGGUGUUUAUUGCACUGCAGGGCAGCGCAAAGAGCUUGUUGUCUGUCAAGAUGGUUAAUAUUGAUUUUCAAGGGUAUCCUAUACUAGAUGCUCUCUCGAAAUGCAGCAAUCUAUCAUCUUUGGUACUUGAGGCAUGUGCAAACCUGCCCGAGACACUUGACAUUAACGAAUGUGCUGGUGAUGCCUUUCAUAAAUUGAACAAUUUAGAGUUGUCUCGCAUGAUGAUUCCUUCAUCUAUGCUACAAUCUCUUUUAUCUCAAUCCAGCGGUGCUAUCAACACAAUAAUCUUCUCCGGUCUUAUUCCUGGUGACUUUAUGCUCACCAAUUUCUUCGAUCUACUUGCAACGUUCUGUCCUAAUCUUCACAAAUUGAGUGUGUUUGUUCGUCACGAAUCCAUUUACAAUCUACUAUCUCAUCUUGGAUCAUGGCCUCAAUUGGAGCAAUUGGAAAUCAAUGGAGGAAUUUGCAUAUCCAAUGUGUAUACUGAAGUGGACGAUUUGAUGCCUUUGUUUGGGAAGGCGGUUCCUUCUACAUUGCAAAGGCUGGAGAUAAGGAUAAACUGGGAGUUUUCUCCUGACGCAUUGAGGGGAUUCUUUGAAAACUGUACUGCCGAAUUGGAACAUUUGAAUUUAGAGUGGUGUAAGCUGAGCGAUGAGCAUAUCGAUCAAAUAGUCAAACAUUGUAAUGGGAGGUUAAAGUAUUUGAAUAUCGAGAAUGCGGUCGAUGUUACUUGGGACGGAUACAAGAAGGCAAUAGAUAAUAUUAAAGUAGUCAGAUUAUCAUCAAAAACGCGAACUAUGUAA